AUGUUGUUAUCUUUGGUGAGCAAACGCUCACUGGAGGUAGAUUCCAGGGACGCCUAUGGAUUUGCCCUGAGACCUCAACACGUUCAAAGAUAUCAAGAAUACCUUAGCAUCUAUACGGAGGAAGAGACAGAGAGGGGAGAGAAAUGGAAAAACUUUCUUGACCGGCUUGAUGAGUCCGCUGAAUCUAGUUCCUCGGAAUCAGAAGAGGAGUUUCAGGAGGCUGAUGGUCCGGAAGCUGGAGACGAGAGUGCUGCAGAGGAAGGUUCAAGAAACAGGGAAAAUGACUUACCAGAAAGAGAACUUGGUGGUAAAGAAGUGGAGCAUCUUGAACAAGAUAGCCCUGAUAAAGUUGUUGUUGAUGAGCUUUCAAAAGAGAGAGAACCACAGGUUCCAGAAGAACAUCAAUAUUUGAGAGAGAAGAGCCUUGGAAGAAAAAGCAAGCCUGUGAAGGAUGAGGAAGAGGAUUCUAAAUCUGAGGAGAGUGCUUCAGAGGAAGGUUCAAGAAAAGGGAAACAUGACUCUGAUAACUUACCAGAGUGUGAGCUUGGUGGUAAAGAAGUGCAGAAUCUUGAACAAGAUAAGCCUGAUAAAGUUGAUGAUGAGCUUUCAAAAGAGAGAGAACCAGCUAAGGAAGCACAGGUUCUUGAAAAUCACCAUCAGCAAUAUUCGAGAGAGAAGAGUCUUGAAAGAAACAGCAAGCCUGUGAAGGAUGAGGAGGAGAAAUCUGAAUCUGAGGAAGAGAAAGAGAAAGACUUUUCAGUCAAAAGUGAAAAAUCUGACGAGGAGCAAUCUGAAUCUGAGAAAGACAAGGACUUAUCAGCCAGAAGUGAAAAAUCUGACGAAGAGCAAUCUGAAUCUGAGAAAGAGAAGGACUUAUCAGUCAAAAGUGAAAAAUCUGACGAAGAAGAGCAAGAAUCUCAAUCAGUAAAGGAACUUGUAGAUCAUGUACACAUUCAAGAAGAAAAUGUAGAAGAACAGUCUGUAGCAGAAGCAGAGAAAUAUGGAUUGGAACAUGAAACAGAGAAAAAAGAAACGAAGCCCCAACGUCCUGUUAUAGAAUGGGCUCAUAUUAGACCUUGUCUUGCGUCCAUAGAGGAUAUGAUGUGCACUCGUGUUAAGAACGUAAAGUAUAAGAAAAAAAAUUCAGUAGAGGACCAUGCUUCAUCUAGAAAGCACUCACUGUCUUCCAUUGGAGAAUCUGAUGAACAAAAAACUGGAGAAAAUGAUGAGAAUGAGAGUGAGACAUCCACGAUUAGGUGCGAUUCAACAAAGGGAGAAAAUGAAGCUCAGAGUAGUGUUUCUAAAGAGCCAUUUUUCCCUUGGUUUGAGGAACUUGAAGUACUUGUUCGUUUGGGAGUGCCAAAGGAUCUCAGAGGAGAGGUGUGGCAAGCCUUUGUAGGUGUAAAAGCAAGACGAGUUGAGAGAUACUAUCAGGAUUUGUUGGCUCAAAUAACUAACUCUGAUGAAUGCAAUGAAGAUUCAAGCUCAUCUGAUGUUCAAAGAAAGUGGAAAAAACAGAUUGAAAAGGAUAUACCUAGGACAUUCCCAGGUCACCCUGCUUUGAAUGAGAAUGGUCGAGAUUCCUUAAGACGGAUACUUCUAGCUUAUGCUUGUCAUAACCCAUCUGUUGGCUACUGCCAGGCUAUGAACUUCUUUGCUGGCCUGUUGCUUCUGUUGAUGCCAGAGGAAAAUGCAUUUUGGACAUUGGUUGGAGUAAUUGAUGAUUAUUUUUAUGGCUACUAUACAGAAGAGAUGAUAGAAUCUCAGGUUGAUCAACUAGUCUUUGAGGAGUUGAUGAGAGAAAGAUUUCCAAAGCUCGUUAAUCAUCUGGAUUACUUGGGAGUGCAGGUUGCAUGGAUAUCUGGGCCAUGGUUUCUAUCCAUUUUUGUCAAUAUUCUUCCUUGGGAAUGCGUUCUGCGGAUGUGGGAUGUGCUUCUCUUUGAAGGAAACCGUGUAGUGUUGUUCAGAACAGCAUUUGCUUUAAUGGAACUAUAUGGUCCUGCAAUUGUUGCAACACAAGACGCAGGAGAUGCGAUUACUUCACUGCAAACACUUGCUAGUUCAACGUUUGAUAGCAGUCAACUUGUUCUGACCGCAUGCAUGGGUUAUUUAGCGACGAACGAGGCGAGACUGGAGGAGCUGAGAGAGAGACAUAGACCAGCGGUGCUAGAGAUUGUUGAGGAAAGAAUACAAAAGGGACGAGUGUGGAAGGAUAAAAAGGGAUUGGCUUCUAAGUUGUAUAGCUUUAAACAUGAAGGAUCUAUCUUAGAUGAACAAAAGCCUACUCAUGGUGAGAAUCCAGAUGGCGAUGAGACUCGUGCGAAUCCAGAUGGCGAAAAUGUUGUUCCUGAAUUAGACUCUUUACCUGAUCUUCAAGAGCAGGCUGUGUGGUUGAAGGUUGAGUUAUGCAGACUGUUGGAAGAGAAGAGAUCAGCUGUUUUGAGAGCUGAGGAGCUGGAGAUAGCUUUGAUGGAGAUGGUCAAAGAAGAUAACAGACUUGAAUUAAGUGCAAAGAUUGAAGAGCUGGAAAGGGAAGUCAGUGAACUAAAGCAAGUCCUUUCUGACAAAAAAGAACAAGAAUUAGCAAUGCUUCAGGUGCUGAUGAAAGUUGAGCAAGACCAGAAGCUUACAGAAGAUGCUCGUGUAAGUGCAGAGCAGGAUGCAGCUGCGCAAAGAUAUGCAGUACAAGUGCUUCAGGAAAAGAAUGAGAAGCUUGUGACUGAACUAGCUCAAAUGGAGAAGAGAUUAGUUACAGCAGAAACAACACUAGAAGCUACUUUACAAUAUGAAUCAGGUCAAAACAAAGCACUAUCAUCUCCAAGGUUUGGUCGUACUCAAGGAACUCCACAGGAGACUCUUAAAAAGAAGACAGGCUUCCUUUCAUUUGGUCUUGGCUGGCGCGAGAGGAACAAGGCAAAAGAACCUGAAGAAUCAAAUGGUGGCAGCACUAGUAAUGUAACAUCUGAAGCCAAAUCUCCAUCAAAAGAAACCAAAUCCGAAGAUCUUUUGAAUCCUGAGACAAGACGAUAA